UCAGAAGAAAUAUUUGAUCGAAGAACAGUAGCAACAGAUAUCCAAGAUUUAUUACGUUUCUUUGAAAAACGUGAUCAAACAAAAGAUGCUUUAGUCUGGACACCAAGUACAUUUAUUAAUCUAGCAAAAAAUGUUAUUAGUUUAUGUAAAGAAGUACGAGAAAUUAUUCGACGUGAACCACGUUGUCUUAAAAUAUCAUCACCAUGCUAUGUACUUGGUGAUAUACAUGGAAAUUAUCAAGAUUUAGUUUGUUUUGAAAAAUCUUUAUGGCGUGCAACACCACUUUUAUCGCCAGCAUCCUUUCUUUUUCUUGGUGAUUAUGUUGAUCGUGGUGUUCAUGGUCUUGAAGUCAUCAUUUAUUUAUUAGCUGCAAAAUUUCAAUGUCCGAAAAAAGUUUUACUUCUUCGUGGAAAUCAUGAAAUAAGAAAAGUUCAACAAAUGUUUAGUUUUUAUAAAGAAUGUCUGGGUAAAUUUGGUGAUACACUUGGUAAAGAAGUAUGGGAUGCAAUUAAUACUGUUUUUGAUGUAUUACCACUUGCUGCUGUAAUUGAUGAUAAAAUUCUUUGUCUACAUGGUGGUAUUCCAAGUCCUACAGCAUGUCCAGGUGAUUUCGUUUCAACCGUUAAUGAUAUUAUUGUGCCAUUAAGUGAACCUGAAAGUGAAUCAUCAUUAGCAUGGGAAAUUAUGUGGAAUGAUCCAUUUUCUAUUGAUACAAACACGGCUGCUCAAAUACCUAGUGGUGCUAUUGGUGGUUUCUUUCCCAAUACCCGAAGAAGUACGGGAAAUUAUUUUACAGGUGAAGCACUUAUGGCAUUUCUUGAAAAGAAUAAUUUCACUCAUGUUAUACGUGCACAUGAAGUAGUACAAGUUGGCUUCAAAGUACAAUUAAGCGGUCGGUUAUUAACGGUUUUCUCCUCAUCACAUUAUUGUGGUGGAACAAAUGAAGCUGCAACAGUACUUGUUGAUUCAGCCAAAUUACGAUUAAUCAGACUUGAUACAACAUAG